UAGCUUCGAGAAAUCACUACUUGAGAGGUUAGUUUGCGUUUCAAAAAUUUUGUUUGUGUUUACACGGAGGAAAAGAAAAAUAUAAAAAUGGCGGUUCCGUCAGUUUCGCUAUCAACGAGAAACAAAAAACACUUCCUGGGUGUUCCAGCACCCUUGGGAUAUGUUGCUGGCGUUGGAAGAGGAGCUACUGGAUUCACAACCAGAUCUGACAUUGGUCCAGCUCGCGAUGCCAACGAUGUUUCGGAUGACAGACACGCUCCGCCUACGAAAAGGACAAAGAAGAAAGAAGAGGAGGAAGAAGACGAGGAAGAUUUGAACGAUUCUAAUUACGAUGAAUUUUCCGGAUAUGGAGGAUCUCUGUUCAGCAAAGAUCCUUAUGACAAAGACGAUGAAGAGGCCGAUGCUAUUUACGAGGCAAUUGACAAACGAAUGGAUGAAAAGCGCAAAGAAUACAGGGAAAAGAGGCUGAGAGAAGAGUUGGAAAGGUAUCGUCAAGAACGUCCUAAAAUUCAGCAACAGUUCUCAGACUUGAAGAGGGAAUUGGUAAAUGUAACCGAGGAAGAAUGGAAAAAUGUUCCAGAAGUUGGCGACGCUAGAAAUAGGAAGCAACGAAAUCCUCGGGCAGAGAAGUUCACGCCACUGCCGGACUCGGUUCUCGCGCGGAACUUGGGAGGCGAAACGUCAACCAGCAUAGAUCCGUCGAGUGGUUUGGCGUCGAUGAUGCCAGGUGUGGCAACACCUGGGAUGUUGACGCCGACAGGAGACUUAGAUUUAAGAAAAAUUGGUCAGGCUAGAAACACUUUAAUGAACGUUAAAUUGAAUCAGGUCUCCGACUCUGUCGAAGGACAGACUGUCGUAGAUCCCAAAGGUUAUCUUACCGACUUGCAGAGUAUGAUACCAACGUACGGCGGUGACAUCAACGAUAUCAAGAAAGCCAGAUUGUUGUUAAAAUCCGUGAGGGAGACGAAUCCCAAUCAUCCACCAGCGUGGAUCGCUUCUGCUCGUUUGGAAGAGGUCACUGGGAAAGUGCAGGCAGCUCGGAAUUUAAUAAUGAAAGGCUGCGAAGUGAACCCUACGUCGGAAGAUCUAUGGUUGGAAGCGGCCAGGCUGCAACCGCCAGACACAGCUAAAGCGGUGAUCGCUCAAUCGGUACGGCAUAUACCAACAUCCGUUCGAAUAUGGAUAAAAGCAGCGGAUUUGGAAAUCGAGACGAAAGCAAAGAGAAGAGUGUACCGCAAAGCAUUGGAGCAUAUUCCGAAUUCAGUGAGACUGUGGAAAGCUGCAGUGGAGUUGGAAGAACCGGAAGACGCGCGAAUUUUGCUCAGCCGGGCAGUCGAGUGUUGCCCAACCAGCGUUGACUUGUGGCUUGCUCUCGCUCGAUUAGAAACCUAUGACAAUGCCAGAAAAGUUCUUAACAAAGCAAGAGAAAAUAUCCCAACGGAUAGGCAAAUUUGGACAACAGCCGCAAAGUUGGAAGAGGCGAACGGAAAUAAACAUAUGGUGGAGAAAAUCAUCGAUCGCGCAAUAUCUUCUUUGAGCGCGAACGGGGUGGAAAUCAAUAGAGAACAUUGGUUUAAAGAAGCUAUGGAGGCUGAAAAGGCUGGGGCAGUGCAUACCUGUCAGGUUAUUGUUAAGGCGAUCAUUAGUUUUGGAGUGGAGGAAGAGGACAGGAAACAUACAUGGAUGGAAGACGCAGAAACAUGCGCUCAACAAGGGGCAUUGGAAUGUGCUAGAGCAGUCUAUGCUUAUGCGUUAUCGACGUUCCCCAGUAAAAAGUCAAUUUGGCUGCGCGCAGCUUACUUUGAGAAAACUUAUGGCACGCGAGAGUCUUUGGAGUCUUUACUUCAAAGAGCGGUUGCCCACUGUCCGAAGAGCGAAGUACUUUGGCUCAUGGGUGCAAAGUCGAAGUGGUUGGCUGGAGACGUCCCAGCAGCGAGAGGUAUUUUAUCACUUGCGUUUCAAGCGAAUCCAAAUUCCGAAGAGAUUUGGCUAGCAGCUGUGAAGCUGGAAUCAGAGAAUUCCGAAUACGAGAGAGCUAGACGAUUGCUCGCGAAAGCAAGAGCGUCUGCACCAACUCCUAGAGUGAUGAUGAAAAGCGCGAAAUUGGAAUGGGCUUUGAACAACCUCGACGCGGCGUUACUGCUUCUGAAAGAAGCUCUAGAAGCAUUCGAUGAUUUCCCGAAACUGUGGCUAAUGAAGGGACAAAUCGAAGAACAACAAGGGAAUUUAGACAAAGCUUUAGACACAUACAAUCAAGCUAUCAAAAAAUGUCCCAAUUCUAUACCACUGUGGCGUUUACUGGCACAGUUGGAGCACAGAAAGGGUCAAGUUACCAAAGCCAGAUCGGUGUUGGAGAAGGCUCGGUUAAAGAAUUUAAAGAACCCAGAGCUUUGGUUGGAAGCUAUCAGAAAUGAAUUAAAAGUUGGCGGUGUCAGAGACAUGGCAAACACACUCAUGGCGAAAGCGCUUCAGGAAUGUCCAACAUCUGGCUUGCUUUGGGCAGAGGCGAUCUUUAUGGAACCUCGGCCACAAAGAAAGACAAAAAGUGUCGAUGCUUUGAAAAAGUGCGAGCACGAUCCACACGUGCUUCUUGCAGUAUCCAAAUUAUUCUGGUGUGAGCAUAAAAUUUCGAAGUGUCGGGACUGGUUCAAUCGUACGGUGAAAAUAGAUCCAGACUUGGGAGAUGCGUGGGCAUAUUUUUACAAGUUCGAACUUUUAAACGGAACGGAGGAGCAGCAAGAAGACGUGAAGAAAAGAUGCAUCGCCGCAGAACCUCACCAUGGUGAAAAUUGGUGCAAAGUAUCAAAGAAUAUAGCAAACUGGUGUCUAAGUACCGAUCAAAUCUUAGUAUUAGUUGCAAAAGAUUUGCCAAUUCCAAUAUAAUUAAUAAAGUAAUUUAAGUAAAU